GCUCAUGAUUGUAAGUUUUUUGUGGAUAAAGUAACAAAAAGGGUCACUGGCUGGAAACCUCAGCCAUUUUAUCUUACUGGUCCCUUGAGUUGAGUAGUUAAGUGUUGCAUAUGACUAAUUGAUUCGGGCCUAAUUGUACACUUUCUACCCCCGUUUUCACUUGACUUUUUUGAAAUUUGAACUCCUAAAAAGUUGGUUUUACGCUAGGUUUUGUGUGUUUCAGAUCCUAACAGUUGAAACCAACCCCGGAAUCGAAAGUUGGAAGAAAUGGAGUGAAGACCGGGCAAAGAGGAAGAAUCAGCUGCAGUCCAUGGCCUGGCAUUGGAGUUCACAGCCUCUAAGGCCAUGAACUGGAACCACAAACCGUGAACAACGAGGUGUCCAAGAGGGUUCUAGGGGUUACAGACGACCAGGCAGUUCACAGUCUCUAAGACGGUGAACUUUGAGUGAAAACCACAAACCAUGGAGAGUGAAGCGGUGCAUUUUGGAGAUGACACUGAGUUCACAGCCGCGUUUAGGUGUUCACGGCCGUGAAGUGGAAGGCCAUGAACUCAGCUCGAUCUGGGUUUAAGUGUGGAGCUGAAAGGAAGAAGAGGGGGAGAGACCUAGGGUGAGAAAACUUCUCUUUCUUCUGUUUUUAGAGUGAGAAAGUGACGAACCAAAGAAGAUGAAAAACUAGGGUUUGAUCUCCAAGCAAGGAUUUGGGUUUUCUUUAGCACAAGGAGCAAGGCUUGUCUCUUCAUAAUGGUUUUCAUUUCCCUCUUUUGUGUUUUCCCUUCUCCUAGCAUGGAGUAGUCCCUUAUUUUAUUUGGGUGUUUGUAAACCCUAGAUACAAUUAUGUGAAUGCUUGUAUGAAUUGAAUGAUUUGUGUGUGGAUGUGUUUUAAUGUGAAUGUGGAGGUAUUAUUCAGAAAUGAUUGUGUUGUGUGAAAGCCUAUCAAUAUAAUUGCCAUUCUAACCUAGUUUAGAGAGAAACCCCCUUAACUUAAGAGCCUCUUCUAGAGAUGGGUUUCCUUGGGCAUUCUAUGCCUCCUAGUCUAGGUUAGUUAGAGGGCAAACCUCCUAAUUCGUAUUAAACACUUUACACUUAGGGUUUGGUUGUGGGUGGCCGUCUUAACUCCAAUUUGAGGGUGAAGUCUAACUAAUCCUUAGUCGAUAGGUUGAGAGGGUCACAUAAGUGGCUUGGAUCGUAUCCGAUUCCUCAACCUAGAUUCUAAGAGGGUAACUUUGGUUGCUUGUUAGACUUCCCUGCGAUUUAUGACCCCUAACCACACACGGUCGUUCGAUUCUUCGAGUCGUAGUUGUUAGCUAUGGGGAGCAACACCCGGGUGAAGCUUUCUCAACUAGAGUCAAAUCCAAAGGUAAUUUAUUUUUCAAUCUUUGUUUUCACCAAAAUCGAUAUGCUAGAUAAUGUUUCAAAUAGUCGAAGUAGCGGUACAUGGCCCGGCACGGGUCGAUAUUUAAACAUACUUGCCUAUAUUGCACCCAUCUAAGGUUUAUACUUGGACCUUAGGUGGGAUUUUAUUGUGAUAGUUAGAGCGAGUCAAGUUUUUGGCGCCGUUGCCGGGGAACAACGGUCCGUUAUCGUGAAAAGUUUGUUAUGUGUUAAUCUAGCCUUUAAUUUCUGUUUUGUUAAGUUGUGAAGUGUUUACUUGUGCUAGACGUGUUGUGUUCCUUGAGUGUGUGUAGGGCGGUGCAUGACCCUGAGUAAUCCGGAGCCUUUGACACCACAGGACGAGGACAUCAACCAGAUCCUCUGACUUCUAGCUCGAGAGAGGGAGCAAGCGGAGGCAAGAAGGAGAAGUGAAGAAAGGGGACAACAAGUUGGUCCCGAAGUUGAAGCAAUUUAAGAAGGAGUUGUCGUUGAGAUGGCAGCACAUCGACACCGAGGGGCUAAUCCGCUUCCAAACCCAAAUGGAGAAGCGGAUGCCGAGGAAGGGACAAGGGCUAUGGGCUAUUACAUGGCUCCACGGGCGAUGGAUUCCAAUCUCCAAUCUUACAUCCACCCGUGGCCCCCAAAAACUUUGAGAUCAAGCCCUCUCUCGUGUCGACGAUUCAACAAAAUGCUUACUUCAACGGGCUAUCCCAUGAAUCACCACGAGAGCAUGUCCAAAGGUUUCUUGAGCUGGCGGGAAGCUUGAAGAUUAAUGGUGUCCCCGAGGAGGCAUUGAGAUUGAAGCUUUCCCCUAUUCUUUGGCAGGGAAGGCACUCUGAUGGCUCAAAAACCGUCCGGCUCUAUCCAUCACCUCUUUGGACAAUCUCCUCAACAAGUUCAUGACCCGAUACUGUCCUCCUUCUAAGACGGCCGAGUGGAGGAAGAAGAUCACUCACUUUGAGCAAGAGGAGGAUGAAAAAUUGAGGGAUUGAUAGACCAUUGAUUGCACAUGUUUUUACCCCUAUUCUUGAGCCAUUUGAGAUGUUGAUUCUCGUGUUUUAAGCCGAUUUCACGCUAGGUUGUGCGUUUAUAUCAUAUUUCAGGGCUUAGCGUUGGCAUCGAGGCGAAGAAACGAGUUUCGGGUCGAAAGGAGCACGUUUGAGUUGAAGUGUGUUGGAGGAGCAAAAUACCCGGCCAUGGGCAUAAAUACCCGGUCGGGUAUUAAUCAGAGCAGACCAGGGAAAACCUGUUUUGGGCGUUUGAGAAGCAGAAGGGGGCCCGGGUAUUAAGCAUAAAUCCCCGGUCGGGUAUUCUUGACCUUGAUCGGGGAUUAAUACGCUGUCCUCGAUGGUGCGUUUCAACAAUCCCCGGCCGGCCACCUAAAAUACCCGACCGGGUAUUCUGACCGGGGAUCACGAACGCAGGCUUUUAAAAGCCUGUUUUGUGCGUUUUUGCAAGGGAGAGCUGGGUUUUGGAUCCCAAACACCCAAGGGAUGAACCAAAGAGAGAGAGGGCGAUUUGAGGGCAUUCUUGGAGUCGAACUGGAGGAUUCCUUCUCCUUGGAAGCUCGAGGAACAAGCCCAUACUUGAAGACUGAUCAUCUGAAGAUUCUUACUGCAGUCUCUCUCUUCUCUAUGGAGUAACUUCCCUUCACUUAGGUUUUGAGGAACCCUAGCUAUGUUUGUUUGAUUGGAUGAUUGUAUGAGUACUCUUACUUGAUAAUCUUGAGUUCAUAUUCAAUCUAUGCAUGUUUUCAUGAUUCAAUUCUGCUUUAGUCGAGAUUAUUGAUUCUUCUUUGAUCCUAUGAGAGCGAAUACCUGAUUAGGUCAAUAGAGCACCAUAGAUUGAUAGUAGUGGAUCGAUUGCUUUAGUCGAGGGUUGAUUCACUACUUUGUAUCGAUUGAGAACCUCUUUUGAUAGAGGGAGUCUAGUUCAGAAUGCCUUGAUCGGUUGUUCUAGAGAAGGAUACGUCCCUCUAGGAAAUUGACUCAAGAGGGCCUUGUUCCUUUAGUCGAGACUCAAGGUCUAGUCAAGGAUUCUCCACAUUGUGAAUGAAAGUGAAACAGGUUAGAGAUCAUCAAUCAUUAAUCUGGCUAGUGUCUAGGAGGAAUCAUACCUAAGUGAGUUCCCAACCUGUAAUUAGAUUAACUUUAACUGUAGUUUGUUAGAGUAGUUUUAGUUCUUCCAUCUCAAUCUGGUUUGCUAGAUAAUGAACUCAAGCUGAGUAAUAGUAACUCUAGAGACCCGUGGAUUCGAUAUUUAUUACUUGAGCCACUUUACUGCAGUCCCUUUCAUUGGUUACACUUGGCCAUUGUUAGAAGUUGUGUCAUAGCGAGUCAGGGAUGCAUGGGAAAGGUUCUCCGACUACUUCCUCCAAUGCCCUCACCAUGGGUUCGAGGAGCAAUUUUUGAUAGAAAAUUUCUAUGGAGGACUCAUUCAACAUGACAAGAUCCCCAUUGAAUCUUUACGCCAAGGGAGGUUGAUGAACAUGACCCCUCCUCAAGUCACCGAAUUUCUUGAAGAUAUGGCUCUCAAAGGAUAUGAUUGGGGCUUGACAAGAAGUGGGAAGAAAAGCAUUGAAAGAGGAGUAAGCUAUAUGUCAUAUGGAGAAAACUAACCAUCACAUUGCUGGAUGAAAUGUGAUGGUUAGUUUUCUUCAUAUGACAUAAUAAAAUAACCAAAAUCACUUGAGUUUGAUAUAUAAAAAUGCCCAUUAAUGAAAACAAGUUGAUAUU